GCCGCCGCCGCCAUGAGCCUGGAGGACGUGCGGGUGCAGUGGGCGCGGCAGCGGGCGCUGAGCGCGCUGGGGCUGUCCGACCCGGCGCCCUUCGAGGAGCUGCUCAACCGCGGCGACGGCGAGGAGGCGGAGAAGCUGCUGCGCUUCCUCAACCGCAGCGACUCGGGCGAGGAGGGCGCGGCCGCCGCCUCCGCUCUGCUGCUGCGCGCCGAGCUGCGCCACGAGGAGCGCGACGUGGAGAUCGAGACAUUGGAGACAAGUGCAUUUGAAGAUGACCAGGAGGAAGGUUCACACAACCCUCUGGAGGAUUAUUUUGACAGCUCUUUGACUGCAGAAGAAAAGAGAGAACGGAGAAGCACUUCAGAAUAUGCAGUCAAUAGAACUCUAUCAAGAAAUCUAUCAAGAAACCUAUCAAGAAAUCUAUCAAUUCAUAUGUCACGUUUGUCUUUUGCGUCACGUUUGAGUGAACUGGAGCAGGGAAUCCUGAGUGAUGCAGGUCGCUUAGUCCGAAAAAUCAUCAAACAGAAAGUUUCCAACCUGUAUUUUCAUCUGGCUCUUGAUGAAAUCCCUGAAGAGUUUCUACAAGAUGAUAUUAUAUUCUUUCUCAGGGAUACAGGAGAAACAAUAACUGAACCUAAUGACAUAACUGAAGCUAACGAAGUUCUGCCUGAAAUGCUAGAGUUUGGCCUACUGAAUGGGCACACUCUCUUGAUGCUAAAAAACGUUUUUGCACAGGUUUUCUUGCCUGCUUUGUCCCAUAAUCAGUUUGAAGCUGAGUCAUCUGCCUUUAGUCCAGACACUGAAAAGGCAGACAUGGAACACAAGCAUUUAACUGAGGCUGACCUGUCUGCAAAAAAGGAAGAGCACCUAGCAGCAUCUCAGAGUUUUCAGAUAAUGAGGAAUGAGUUCUUAAUGAACAUGCAAAAAUUUCUAAGCCACAUUCAACGGACAAUACAACAGAUUGAAGGAGAGAUUAAACUGGAGAUGCCCGCUAUAAAUCUAGAUGCAGAGGUGGAUGAACUUGCUGCAAAUGCCGAAGUAGUUGAAAAACUGGAACACUGUGCAAUGACCUGGCUAACAUUAAUAUCAACAGCUGUUGAAGAACAGCUGAAGAAAGUCCCACAGGGAAAUGGCCCACUGGCAGAAAUUGACCUGUGGCGUGAAAGAAAUGCAACUUUAAGUGCUCUCCAUGAACAAAUAAAGCUGCCAUUAGUGAAAAAAGUCUUGGCCAUACUGAAAGAAGCUGAAUCUGGACUUAAUGAAAACUUGCAGUUGGUCCUAAAUGAACUUAACAAACACCACGUAGAAGCUGCGGAUAAUGUUAGGUUUCUUUCAACUCUGGAGCGCCAUUUGAAGAACUUGACACAUGGCACUGGAUUUAAUGUUGUCUUGGAAACAAUUCGUCCACUGAUGAAUGCACUGAGAAUGGUGUGGAUCAUCUCACGGCAUUAUAACAAAGAUGAACGAAUGAUCCCCCUCAUGGAACGCAUUGCAUGGGAAAUUUCAGCAAGGGUCUGCAAAGUUGUUGAUUUACACACUUUGUUUAGAGAAGAUAGAGCUGCUGCAAAAAACAAAAUGACAGAAGCCAAAAGGACCCUUGAAAUGUGGAAAAUAGUGUAUUUUGAUAUUCGUGCCCAAAUUGAAGCCUCAGGAAGAGAUCAACGAUGGGAAUUUGACCGAAAACGUCUAUUUGAAAAAACAGAUUAUAUGGCUUCAGUCUGUCAAGAUCUGUAUGAUAUUUUGCAGGUUAUUGAAGAAUUUUACAAUAUAUUUGGUUCAGAACUGAAGGCUGUUACUGGUGAUCCAAAGUGUAUUGAUGAUGUACUGCGAAGGGUUGAUGGUCUGAUUAGUCCUAUGGAAGUAUUGACUUUUGACCCUUUUAACAUCAAGUGUUCAUCGCAGUGGAAAUUUGUUAUGGAACAGUUUAAAGCAGAAGUUCUGGUUAUUGAAAAAGAGGCUAAGAGCUUUAUUGAUGAAUCCUUUAAGACUCUUCGGUCAGCGGAAGCUGCAUUCGACAUGCUCUUAAAUUUUAAACACAUCCGCUCUCGAGAUGCCAUCAAUAAGCAGAUGAUGAUGAAAUUCAAUGAUAUUCUUGAUCAGUAUUGUAAAGAGCUUGACAUAGUUAAUGACAUCUUUAUCCAAAACGUCAGUAAUCCACCUUUGUACAAAAAUCAUCCUCCUAUGGCUGGUGCAAUAUAUUGGGCACGAUCUCUUUUUUACCGUAUCAAGCGCACUAUUGUUCGGUUUCAUGAAGUAGAGGAGUUGCUGGCUAGCGAGCGCGGAAAAGAAGUAAAACAAAAAUACCUGGGAGUAGCUAAAAGAAUGAAAGAAUAUGAAGAUCUGAAAUAUGACCAAUGGAGAGACUGGACAGAACAGACACUCCCAAUACUACUGAAAAAGACCUUGCUUGCUAAAGUCCAUCCUUCUGGAGCCAUAAUUCAAAGUAAUCCAGACACCUCUGAGCAGAGCCCAGUCCCAGAAGAACUCAAAAUGGGAGAGAAGUUUAUCCGUUUUUCAGUGAAUUUUUCUCCCAAACUCCAAGAGGUUAUCAAUGAAACGAAAUACAUGGAACAGCUGGGAUUCCCAGUGCCUGAAAUAGCAAGGAAUGUUGCUCUGCAGGAAGAUAAAUUUCUUAAACACACCAAUGGAAUGAAGACUAUGCUGGAUCACUACCACAUAUUAAUGGGAACAUUGAAUGAAGCAGAAACCCAGCUUCUUGGUGAUCACAUUCAAGAGCUCUGGAGAGUAUUUAGAUCAGGAUACAAGAGACUCAACUGGAAUUCAUUAGGUAUUGGUGACUAUGUUAUUCGGUGCACACAAGCCAUUGGGAAGUUUGAAUCGUUGGUACAUCAGGUUCAUAAGAAUGCUGAUGACAUAAAUAACAAGCUUUUAUUAAUUGAAUCUACAAAUCUAUUUAAAUCACCACUCCAGAAAAAUGCUGAUGAACUUCCUGGAGUGAAGGAAUUCUUUGAGCAUAUUAAGCAUGAGAGAAUAAAAGACCUGGAAUACAUGGUUAGAAAGUAUGCUGCCAUUGGACCAUUGCUGACAAAAGUGGAAGGUCUAAUUGUCAACACAAACACUGGCAGAUCUGCAAAACUAGCUUCCUAUUAUGCAUACUGGGAAAAUAAAAUUUAUCAUACUUUGACACAGUUAAUUCUGAAGAAUUUGCAGGCUUUUAAUGCAGCAGUUCUUGGGACUGUCCCCCUGUUCCAAACAGAAACUAUUUUAUCUGCUCCUGAAAUAAUCUUACAGCCGAAUGCCAGCGAAAUUGAUAAAAUGACGGUUAAUUGUGUCAGGGAAUGUGUUGAAGUCACUAAGCAAUUUGUGCGGUGGAUGCACGGCUCCUGUAUUGAGUGCCCACCUCAGCAUGCAGAAGAAGAUGAGCCCAUCACCUUGAGUUUUUUUAAUGACCUCUCUCAGAACCCGGUGAUAAUUGAACAGGCUGUUCUCAUCACCCAGAACGUACACAAGCUCCUGAUUUCUCUCACCAAGUAUCUCAACCGGUGGAAGAGGUAUCGUCCACUGUGGAAAUUAGAUAAAGCCAUCGUCAUGGAGAAGUUUGCUGCAAGGAAACCUGCUUGCGUCACCUUCGAUGAGAAGCUGCAGUUCUACAUGAAGGUUGCCCAAGAAGUGACUCAACAGCCCUUGAUUAAGGAUGAGCAAUGCAUCAGGCUUCAGCUGGGCCCAUUAGCUUACACUGUGCAGGAGAAUGCCAAAGGCUGGGUGAUGUCUCUGGGGAAACUUCUAAAUGAGUCUGCCAGAGAGGAACUCUUCAGUCUGCAGGAAGACAUUGAGAGAUUAUCUCAGAACCUUAGGAAAACACCCGACUCUCUGGAGGAUCUCAAAUUUGUUCUUGGCACAAUUGCAGAUAUCAAAGAUAUGUCUUUGCGUGUGGAACUGAAAUAUCUAGACAUUCAGGAGAGAUACCGUACCCUUGCAGUAUAUAACAUUCCUACAAGUGAAGAAGAGAGUGAGCUGGUUAACAAGAUUAAGGAAAAGUGGGAGAGGCUUUUAUUUGAUGCAACUGAAGUUGAUCACAGCCUUGGAAGCAUCAAAAGGACCUUUACAGAGAUUACAAAGCAUCAGAUUGGAGACUACAGUAAAGAGAUCUCAGACUUCUUCCAUAGAUUUACUACUGAGGGGCCUGGUGGUGUUGGGGAAAACCUUGACAAAGGAUUGGAUCUUCUGGGUGUUUUUCAUAAAGAAUUGGACAAACUUGAGAAGAAUCGUCAGGAAUUGGCUAAUGCUGAGAAACUUUUUGAUCUGCCAAUUACAAUGUACCCAGACUUAAUGAAAGCACAGAAUGACAUGAAAGGUCUAAAGCAGAUCUACGAAAUUUACAAGUCUCAAAAGGCUGCUAAAGAGGAAUGGUCUCAGACCCUCUGGGUAAACCUCAAUGUGCAAGUUCUUCAGGAGGGAAUUGAAGGAUUUCUUAAAGCCCUUCGCAAGCUGCCUAAGCAGGUGCGCAGCAUGCCUGUGGCUUAUCACCUGGAGACAAAAAUGAAGGCAUUCAGAGACUCCAUUCCUUUGCUGCUUGAUUUGAAAAAUGAAGCCUUAAGAGAAAGGCAUUGGAAAGAACUUAUGGAGAGAACUGGCACUAGCUUUGAAAUGACAACAGAAACUUUUACUCUGGAGAAUAUGUUUGCUAUGGAACUUUCCAAAUACUCAGAUGUUAUCAGUGAAAUAGUUGGAACUGCUGUUAAGGAGUUGAGCAUUGAGAAGGGUGUUAAGGAUAUAGUAGACACCUGGGAGAACAUGAAAUUCACAGUACAAAGGUACUUCAAAGGCACUCAAGAGCGAGGCUUUAUUUUGGGCUCCGUUGAUGACAUUAUUCAGAUUCUUGAUGACAACACUGUCAACCUUCAGAGUAUUUCAGGGAGUCGCUUUGUGGGUCCUUUUCUGUCAACAGUUCACCACUGGGAAAAAACUCUUUCAUUGAUUGGUGAAGUUAUUGAGGUCUGGAUGGUGGUUCAGAGGAAAUGGAUGUACCUUGAGAGCAUCUUUAUUGGUGGGGAUAUAAGAUCACAACUUCCAGAGGAAGCUAAAAAGUUUGACAACAUAGACAGGAUAUUUAAAAAGAUAAUGAGUGACACUGUGAAAGAUCCAGUGAUUAAAAAAUGCUGUGAAGCUCCAAAUAGACUUGCAGACCUCCAAAAUAUAAAUGAUGGUCUAGAGAAAUGUCAGAAAAGCUUGAAUGAUUAUUUGGAUUCAAAGCGAAAUGCUUUCCCAAGGUUUUUCUUCAUAUCUGAUGAUGAAUUACUUAGCAUCCUUGGUAGCAGUGACCCACUCUGUGUUCAGGAGCACAUGAUAAAGAUGUAUGAUAAUAUUGCAUCCCUGAGGUUUCAGGAGGGUGACAGCAAUGAAAAAAUAGCAACAGCAAUGAUUUCAGCUGAAGGAGAAGUGAUGGAGUUCCGGCGAGCCGUAGCAGCAGAAGGCAGAGUUGAGAACUGGAUGACAGCCGUUCUGGCUGAAAUGAGAAGAACAAACAGACUUUUAACUAAAGAAGCCAUUUUCCGAUACUGUGAAGAUAGAAGCAGAGUUGACUGGAUGCUGCUGUACCAGGGCAUGAUGGUUCUUGCUGCUAAUCAGAUCUGGUGGACUUGGGAGGUAGAAGAUGUCUUCUGCAAAGUGAAGAAGGGAGAAAAACAGGCCAUGAAACUUUAUGCCAGAAAAAUGCAUCAGCAGAUUGAUGCCCUGGUUACACGAAUUACAAAGCCAUUGAGCAAAAAUGACCGUAAAAAGUACAACACCGUUCUCAUUAUUGAUGUCCAUGCCAGAGAUAUAGUUGAUACAUUUGUGAGAGACAGCAUUCUAGAAGCUCGAGAAUUUGAAUGGGAAAGCCAACUGCGUUUUUACUGGGAUCGGGAGCCAGAUGAGCUGAAUGUGCGUCAAUGCACUGGCACUUUUUCCUAUGGUUAUGAAUACAUGGGCUUGAAUGGACGACUGGUUAUCACUCCCCUUACAGACCGUAUCUACCUAACCCUCACACAGGCAUUGUCCAUGUUUUUGGGAGGAGCACCUGCAGGACCAGCAGGUACAGGGAAAACAGAGACCACCAAAGAUCUGGCCAAAGCGCUUGGUUUGCUGUGUGUUGUAACAAACUGUGGAGAAGGCAUGGAUUUCAAAGCAGUUGGUAAAAUUUUCUCUGGUCUUGCCCAGUGUGGCGCAUGGGGAUGCUUUGAUGAAUUUAAUCGCAUAGAUGCUUCUGUGCUUUCAGUCAUCUCAUCUCAGAUUCAGACAAUUCGAAAUGCUCUAAUGAAUCAGCUAAAAACAUUUCAGUUUGAAGGGCAGGAAAUUUCCCUGGAUGGACGCAUGGGCAUUUUUAUUACCAUGAAUCCUGGUUACGCUGGCCGUACUGAGUUACCUGAGUCUGUAAAAGCUUUAUUCAGACCUGUGGUUGUGAUUGUACCAGAUCUUCAGCAAAUCUGUGAAAUCAUGCUCUUUUCUGAAGGGUUCCUUUUGGCAAAGAGCCUGGCCAAAAAGAUGACAGUGUUGUACAAAUUGGCAAAAGAACAACUUUCUAAACAGCAUCAUUAUGAUUUUGGACUACGAGCCCUGAAGUCAGUACUAGUGAUGGCAGGAGAGCUGAAGAGAGGUUCACCUGACCUCAGUGAGGAUUUGGUACUGAUGAGAGCUCUGCGAGAUAUGAAUCUUCCUAAGUUUGUGUUUGAAGAUGUACCCCUUUUCCUUGGCCUGAUCUCUGACCUGUUUCCUGGCCUGGAUUGUCCUCGAGUCCGUUAUCCUAACUUCAAUGAUGCUGUAGAGCAAGUGCUGGAAGAAGGUGGUUAUGUUGUUUUACCAGUCCAGGUGGAUAAGGUAGUUCAAAUGUAUGAGACAAUGUUAACUCGUCACACUACAAUGGUGGUUGGACCAACUGGAGGCGGAAAAUCUGUUGUCAUUAACACUUUGUGCCAGGCCCAAACCAAGUUAGGAUUAGUGACAAAACUUUAUACACUGAACCCAAAAGCCAUGAGUGUGAUCGAGCUGUAUGGUAUUCUUGACCCUACCACACGAGACUGGACAGACGGUGUUCUCUCAAACAUCUUCAGAGAGAUCAACAAACCAACAGAUAAGAAAGAGCGAAGGUAUAUUUUAUUUGAUGGAGAUGUGGAUGCACUCUGGGUGGAAAACAUGAAUUCCGUGAUGGAUGAUAAUAAGCUGUUAACCUUGGCAAAUGGGGAGCGCAUCAGGCUUCAGGCUCACUGUGCUCUGUUGUUUGAGGUCGGAGACUUACAGUAUGCCUCUCCUGCCACUGUGUCCCGUUGUGGGAUGGUUUUUGUGGAUCCUAAAAACCUGAAGUAUAAGGCCUUCUGGGAGAAAUGGAUUAAACAAAGAGGUAACAAGCAAGAACAAGUUGAGUUAGAUCGACUGUUUGAAAAAUAUGUCCCCUACCUUAUUAGCCUGAUUGUAGAAGGAAUUGUAGAUGGCAAACAAGGAGAGAAGCUGAAGACAAUUGUCCCUCAAACAGAUUUAAAUAUGGUGGUGCAGUUGACAAUGAUGCUUGAAGCUUUAAUAGUGGGAGAGCCUGAUGACACUGAUGUUCUGGAAUGUUACUUCCUGGAAGCUCUGUAUUCCUCUUUAGGUGCCAGCCUUCUCGAUGCAGGCAGAAUUAAAUUUGAUGAAAGUGUCAAACGAAUAUCCUCCAUGUCAACUGUUCAUGAGGAGAAUAUCUUGGCUAAGCCAGGGGAACUGCCAGGUCAGUUGCCAACUUUGUAUGACUUCCAUUUUGACGCUUGUCAAAAGAAAUGGGUGCCUUGGAGCAAGCUAGUUCCUGCAUACCUUCACAAGCCAGAAGGCAGAUUUAUUGACAUUCUAGUUCCUACUGUGGAUACAACACGCACUACCUGGUUGUUAGAAGAGAUGGUGAAAAUCAAACGGCCUGUUGUCCUUGUGGGUGAAUCUGGAACUUCUAAGACAGCAACUACCCAAAACUUUUUAAAAGGCUUGAACCAAGACACUAACUUGCUGCUAAUAAUUAACUUUUCCUCACGCACAACAUCAAUGGACAUUCAGAGAAACUUAGAAGCUAAUGUAGAGAAACGUACAAAGGACACUUAUGGCCCCCCCAUGGGAAAACGCCUUCUGGUUUUCAUGGAUGACAUGAAUAUGCCAAGGGUUGAUGAAUAUGGUACACAGCAGCCAAUUGCCUUGUUGAAGUUGCUGUUGGAAAAAGGUUCCGUGUAUGAUCGUGGUAAAGAGAUGAACUGUAAGCUUCUUCGAGACCUUGGCUUUAUUGCUGCUAUGGGAAAGGCUGGAGGAGGUCGUAAUGAAGUUGACCCUCGCUUUAUUUCACUCUUCAGUGUUUUCAAUGUACCUUUCCCUUCUGAGCAGUCUUUGCAUUUGAUUUAUGCCUCCAUCCUGAAAGGCCACACUGCGGCUUUUAAUGAAUCUAUCGCGAUUAUCUCUGACAAGAUGACAUCCUGCACUUUGGAACUUUACAAAAUGAUUGUUCGUGACUUGCCCCCAACACCUUCCAAAUUUCAUUACAUAUUUAAUCUGCGUGAUCUCUCCAGGAUCUACAACGGUCUUCUUCUUACCACCCCAGAGAGGUUCCAAACAGUCAUGCAAAUGGUGAGAGUCUGGAGAAAUGAGUGUCUGAGAGUUUUCCAUGACAGAUUGAUUAAUGAAGCAGACAAGAUACUGGUACAAAGCCACAUAAAGAGCUUGAUAGAAGACAAUUUCAAAGAAGAUUUAGAGCCAGCCAUGAGAGACCCUGUUCUUUUUGGAGACUUCAGAAUGGCACUGAAUGAAGGGGAACCUCGCAUUUAUGAAGACAUUCAAGACUAUGAUGCAGCAAAAGCUCUCUUUCAGGAGAUUCUUGAGGAGUACAAUGAAGUUAAUACUAAAAUGAAUCUCGUUCUCUUUGAUGAUGCCUUGGAGCAUUUAACCCGUGUGCAUCGCAUCAUACGGAUGGAUCGUGGCCAUGCCCUGCUUGUAGGAGUGGGAGGCUCGGGCAAGCAAUCCCUUGCAAGACUGGCUGCGUACACAGCUGGAUAUGAGGUGUUUGAGAUCGUUCUGAGUCGAGGGUAUGGAGAAAACAAUUUCCGGGAAGAUUUGAAGACUUUGUAUCUGAAGCUUGGUAUUGAGAACAAGUUGAUGAUUUUCCUGUUUACAGAUGCCCAUGUGGCAGAAGAAGGUUUUCUGGAGCUCAUCAACAACAUGCUAACUUCAGGGAUGGUCCCAGCACUUUUUCCUGAUGAUGAAAAAGAUGCCAUACUAGGUCAGAUUGGUGAUGAAGCUGCCAAAGCUGGAGUGAGCCCUGCUAAAGAAAGUGUCUGGCAGUAUUUUGUAAAUAAGAGUGCCAAUAAUCUUCAUAUUGUCCUGGGGAUGUCACCAGUUGGCGAUACCUUGAGAACACGAUGCAGAAAUUUCCCAGGUCUUGUCAACAACACUGGUAUUGACUGGUUCUUGCCCUGGCCCCCACAAGCUUUGUAUGCAGUUGCAAAGUCAUUUGUUGGGGAGAAUCCUCUGGUCCCAGCGGAGAACACGGAGUUUGUGAUUGAACACAUUGUCACGGUGCAUGAAUCUGUAGGGGAUUUCAGUAAGAAAUUCCUGCAGAAGCUGAGACGUAGCAACUAUGUAACUCCAAAGAAUUACCUUGAUUUUAUUAAUACCUAUUCAAAACUGCUGGAAGAGAAAAAUCAGUUCAUUUUAGCUCAGUGCAAACGUCUGGAAGGGGGAUUAGAUAAACUGAAGGAGGCUGCUGUACAGCUGGAUGAGCUAAAUCAGAAACUAGCAGAGCAGAAGAUUGUGUUAGCUGAGAAGUCAGCUGCCUGUGAGGCUUUGUUACAGGAGAUAGCAACUAACACAGCAAUAGCGGAGGAGAAGAAAAAGCUGGCUGAAGAAAAAGCUGUGGAGAUAGAAGAACAGAAUAAGAUAAUUGCUGUGGAAAAGAAGGAUGCUGAAACGGCCCUAGCUGAGGCUAUGCCUAUUUUAGAAGCUGCUAAAUUAGAGCUGCAGAAGCUUGACAAAUCUGAUGUCACAGAGAUUAGGUCAUUUGCUAAACCCCCCAAACAGGUGCAGACUGUGUGCGAAUGUAUCCUCAUAAUGAGAGGCUACAAAGAACUGAACUGGAAGACAGCCAAAGGAAUGAUGUCAGAGGCAAAUUUCUUGCGAUCCCUAAUGGAAAUAGAUUUUGAUGGAAUCACUCAGAGCCAGGUCAAAUCCAUCCGAGCUCUGUUAAAGAAUCUAAAUACCACAUUUGAGGAAAUGGAAGUUGUUAGCAGAGCUGGAUUGGGAAUGCUGAAAUUUGUCGAAGCAGUAAUGAGCUACUGUGAUGUAUUUAAAGAAGUCAAGCCAAAGCGAGAGAAGGUGGCCAGGUUGGAACGAAACUAUUUCUUAAGUAAACGUGAACUGGAAAAGAUACAGGCAGAGCUGACGACAAUUCAAAAUGAGCUGAAGGCUUUGGGGGACAAGUAUGAAGCUGCAAUAAGGGAGAAGCAACAACUGCAAGAAGAAGCAGAGAUUAUGGAGAGGAGACUUAUUGCUGCUGACAAGCUCAUCUCUGGUUUGGGCUCUGAAAAUGUAAGAUGGACAAAGGAUUUAGAGGAGUUAAAAAUGCGAAAAGUGAAAUUGCUUGGAGACUGUCUGCUCUGUGCCGCCUUCCUGAGCUAUGAAGGGGCAUUCAACUGGGAGUUCCGUAAUGAAAUGGUGUAUAAGGUGUGGCAAGAGGACAUCCUUUCACGUGAUAUCCCCCUCAGUCAGCCCUUCCGAUUGGAAAACCUCCUGACAGGCGAUGUAGAGAUCAGCAGGUGGGGUUCUCAGGGUUUGCCCCCCGAUGAACUCUCUGUUCAGAAUGGCAUUCUGACUACAUGUGCCAGUCGCUUCCCCUUGUGCAUAGACCCCCAGCAGCAGGCACUGAAUUGGAUCAAGAGAAAGGAAGAAAAAAACAACCUGAGGAUGGCAUCUUUUAAUGAUCCAGAUUUCCUUAAACAGCUAGAAAUGGCCAUAAAGUAUGGAAGUCCCUUCCUGUUCCAUGACGUUGAUGAAUAUAUAGAUCCUGUCAUAGACAAUGUCUUGGAAAAGAAUUUUAAAGUGGUGCAGGGCCGAACGUUCAUCAUCUUGGGUGAUAAGGAAGUGGACUAUGACAGUAACUUCAAAUUGUACCUGAACACUAAGCUUGCUAACCCUAAAUAUUCACCAUCAGUAUUUGGGAAAGCCAUGGUUAUCAAUUAUACUGUUACUCUAAAAGGCCUGGAAGAUCAACUGCUUAGCGUUAUUGUGGGGUUUGAAAGAAGAGAGCUAGAAGAGCAGAGAGAACAUCUCAUUCAGGAAACCAGUGAGAACAAAAACUUGCUAAAGGAUCUGGAAGACUCUCUCCUCCGCGAGCUGGCGACUUCCACAGGAAACAUGUUGGAUAAUGUGGACUUGGUGCAUACCCUGGAGGAGACAAAAUCCAAAGCUACUGAGGUAUCAGAGAAACUUAAGCUGGCUGAGAAGACAGCCAUGGACAUCGACAAGCUGCGAGAUGGCUACCGACCUGCUGCGAAGAGGGGUGCCAUUUUGUUCUUUGUCUUGUCUGAGAUGGCCCUGGUCAACUCCAUGUAUCAGUACUCCUUGGCUUCCUUCUUAGAGGUAUUUGGAUUUUCACUUCGAAAAUCCAUGCCCAACUCAGUUCUUCCGAAGAGGCUACAAAAUAUCAUGGAUACACUGACGUUCAACGUCUAUAACUAUGGCUGCACAGGCUUGUUUGAGAGACACAAGUUACUUUUUUCCUUUAAUAUGACUAUCAAGAUAGAACAAGCUGAUGGCAGAGUCCCACAGGAAGAACUUGACUUCUUUUUAAAAGGGAAUAUCUCAUUGGAGAAGAGUGCACGGAAGAAGCCAUAUACUUGGCUUUCAGAUCAAGGCUGGGAGGACAUAAUGCGCCUGUCUGAACUGUUUCCUGAGAAAUUUGAGUCUCUUUCAGAUGAUGUAGAGAAAAAUCCAGAUGUAUGGAAAAAUUGGUAUGACCUAGAUGCCCCGGAACAAUCGCCAUUUCCCAUGCACUACUGCAACAGUCUCACACAUUUUCAGAAGCUCCUGCUUUUGCGGUGUUUCCGAGUGGACCGGGUGUACCGUGCAGUGACUGAUUACGUCACUUUGACAAUGAGUGAGAAAUACGUUCAGCCUCCUGUGAUCAGCUUUGAUGCUAUCUUUGAGCAGAGCACUCCUUACUCACCAGUUGUUUUCAUCCUAAGUCCUGGGUCCGACCCUGCCAGUGACCUCAUGAAGCUGGCUGAACGGACAGGCUUUGGAGGAAGCAGGCUCAAAUUCCUUGCCAUGGGACAAGGACAAGAAAAGGUUGCACUGCAGUUGCUGGAAAAUGCGGUGGCUCGUGGACAGUGGUUAAUGUUGCAGAACUGUCAUCUCUUGGUGAAAUGGCUGAUUGAUUUGGAGAAGGCCUUGGAGAAGAUUACAAAGCCUCAUCCAGACUUCCGCUUGUGGCUAACAACUGACCCAACCAAGAGCUUUCCUAUUGGAAUACUUCAGAAGUCUUUGAAGGUUGUCACAGAACCACCUAAUGGUCUGAAACUGAACAUGAGAGCCACUUACUUCAAAAUCCCCCAUGAAGCCCUAGAGCAGUGCCCACAUCCUGCUUUUAAAUCUCUAGUCUAUGUCUUGGCAUUUUUCCAUGCUGUGGUUCAGGAGAGGAGGAAGUUUGGGAAGAUUGGCUGGAAUGUACCAUACGACUUCAAUGAAUCAGAUUUCCAGGUAUGCAUGGAAAUUCUGAGCACAUAUUUGACCAAAGCUUUCCAGCAAAGCGAUGAUAAAAUCCCCUGGGGCAGUCUCAAGUAUCUAAUUGGAGAGGUCAUGUACGGUGGGCGUGCGAUUGACAGCUUUGAUCGCCGCAUCCUGACCACUUACAUGGAUGAGUACUUGGGAGAUUUCAUCUUUGACACCUUCCAGCCUUUCCAUUUCUAUAGAAACGAUGAGGUGGAUUAUAAAAUCCCAGCUGGGCAGCUAAAGGACGACUUUGUGGCGGAGGUAGAAUCUCUUCCACUUGCUAACACGCCAGAGGUGUUUGGACUUCAUCCUAAUGCUGAAAUUGGAUAUUAUACACAGGCAGCUCGAGACAUGUGGUCUCAUCUCCUGGAGCUCCAGCCGCAAACAGGUGAAUCUGGUGCUGGAAUCAGUCGAGAUGAAUAUAUUGGACAGGUUGCCAAGGACAUAGAAAACAAAAUACCGCAAAUAUUUGAUCUUGAUCAGAUAAGAAAGUCUUUGGGCACUGACAUUUCACCUACAACAGUGGUGCUGUUACAGGAACUGGAACGUUUCAACAAACUGAUUGUCCGUAUGGCCAAAUCACUGGCAGAGCUACAAAGAGCCUUGGCUGGGGAAGUUGGAAUGAGCAGCGAGCUAGAUGAGGUGGCUCGGGCGCUCUUUAAUGGACAGAUCCCUAACAUCUGGAGAAAGCUGGCCCCGGACACACUCAAAACACUUGGAAAUUGGAUGGUUUACUUCAGGAACAGAUACAAUCAGUACACGUCUUGGGUCACUGAGAGCGAACCAAAUGUGAUGUGGCUUGCUGGACUACACAUUCCGGAGUCGUAUCUCACAGCUCUUGUACAAGCCACAUGCAGGAAGAACAGCUGGCCACUGGAUCGCUCCACUUUGUACACACACGUGACUAAGUACAGCACUGCUGAGGAGGUCACCGAGCGCCCCGGACAAGGAUGUUUUGUUUCUGGUCUGUAUCUGGAAGGAGCAGACUGGGACAUUGAGAACAGCUGUCUCAUCAAGAGCAAGCCCAAAGUCUUGGUGGUAGAUUUGCCUAUUCUAAAGAUCAUUCCUAUUGAAGCUCAUAGACUCAAGCUACAGAACACAUUCCGGACCCCUGUAUACACAACUUCCAUGAGAAGAAAUGCCAUGGGUGUUGGCUUAGUUUUUGAAGCAGACCUUUUCACCACAAAGCACAUUUCCCACUGGGUGCUGCAAGGGAUUUGUCUCACUUUGAAUGCUGACUGACACCAGAAAACAUCAACUGCUGGAUUUUCCAUGCACAGAAUCCAUUGCUGGCACAUGAAAUCACUUUGCACCAAAAAGCAUCAGGUCAGUUUUCCGUAGCUCAGCGUGUCAGGGGAGUUCAAAAGAGUUGCUUUAAAGAGGACGGCUGACAGAGAUUUUUUAAAUUAAAUAUUUGCAGCAGUUUUUACUAAGCUGGUAGGCUUUAGCAGUACAAAGUGCAUCUGAUUUUGCUACUUCAACUCUGUUAUCUAUGUUUGAAAAAAAUAAAAGGGACAUCAGCCA